UCCCCAACCCAUCGCCUCCCCAUGGACUGGACUGGAGGUGGAGGAUGAAAACAAACUAGUGACUGACUGACUGGCGGUGAGAAGCGCAGCGGUGUGGAGUGACUGUGAGCUAGAUUGUGCUUUGGUCGCCUCUGCAGAAAACACAGUUAUCGGGAAGACACACCAGCAGUGAAGAACGCCUGCCCACCCAAUAAGUAACUUUUUUUUUUCAGUAUUUUUGAACAAGUAGAGUUGUUUGAGAGCAUAAGAUUCCAGCAAUUCCUGGAGAGUGUUGCCAAGUGGAAGCAGCAGUUAUCAUCUCAUUGGGAAGUCUGUGGAGCAGGUUGAUAACAAUGACCAGUCGUGCCAUUGCUCACCGCCGGAAGUGGGCUCUUGACCUGGCUGGGAAGAGAGGGGAGCGGGGGAAUGAAAAUCUGCCAGCACCUCCAGGCUACCGUAGCUCUGUAAGUCAAGUCCAUGCCGAGGCCAACAGGCAGGGCGACCCCAACCUAGUCAUCAAGAAGGCUUGGGACACAGCCCUCAGUCCUCUAAAGUCUGUGCCAAUGAACCUGUUCCUAAUGUUUAUGGCGGGGAACAGCAUUAGCAUCUUUCCAAUCAUGAUGGUAGGCAUGAUGCUGCUGCGACCCAUCAAGGCACUCUGGGCCACCAGUGCUACCUUCAGGACUAUUGAGGGUGUCCAUGCAGGUCUGCAGAAACUGAUCUACCUACUGGGAAACCUUGUCAACGUUGGCCUGGCCCUGUACAAGUGUCACAGCAUGGGUUUGUUACCGACCCAUGCCUCAGAUUGGCUGGCAUUCCAGGAGCCUGCUAUACAGAUGGAGUUCUCACAUGGAGGCAUGGUAUUGGCCUAGGCUGAGUUGAGAGACAAACAUAUGGUCACAUUGGUCAUGCAUUUGGGAUUUGUGUAGAUGAGGAGUGUUCCUUACUUAGUCCUGAAGGUAUUGUUUCCCUGGAUUAGUAGGUUAUACAAAGAUGGAAUUAAUAAAGAUAGUCCAACAUUCCCCUUGUCCAACUUCUUUUUUUUUUUUUUUUUCUUUUUUUUUUUUUUUUUUUUUUUUUUUUUCUUUGUGCUUGUAUUCAUAUUGUAGAGUUUGGAUUGGCAAGUGAGAUCUACCUCUUUAAGUUCUCACUGAGUAUCUCAAAAUGCUUUUCUACAUGUAUUAACUUGAUGGGCUCAGAAUUUUACUUUUUUUUUCUCUGUAAAAGAGGCCAAAAUAAAAAAUCAGCUACAUAUAUUUCUCCCCUUACCAUAUUUAUCAUAUUGAAGCUAACUUCUAUAUUUGUUGAUAGAAAGUUGUAAAGUAGUGUUAUAAGUACUCAGUAGGUCUGGAGUUCUUAUUACUAGAUUACUCAGGCUUUGAAAUUAGUUUGUUUUUCAUGUGAAUAUCACUUCUUUAUUAAAACUAAACUUUACAUUAAUUUAUGUUGUUAUUUAUGAAAGAGAGAGAGAGAGAAAAUGUAAUUUAUGUCUAUUCGCCAAUCUUUGCAUGUGAAGAAUUAAUAAAGCUGAUGGAUUUUU